AUGGGAUUCCUUAGAAGUAAGCGCUGGGGCUUAGAUCGUUUGAGCCUGGAGACAGAGAAGACCCCACGGGUCCUGGCCGCAGCCACGUUGGUGAAAGCCCUCAGCUACAAACACCCGGAGCUCUCGGCCCACCUGCUGGUGGCUGGAUGGGACCCCCAGAAUGGCGGGCAGGUCUACGGUACGUUGGGAGGAAUGUUAAACCGGCAGCCCGUUUCCAUUGGAGGGUCAGGAAGCACCUUCAUUUACGGCUAUGUGGAUUCUGCCUACAAACCCAGGAUGAAUCGGGAGGAAUGUCGUCAGUUCACCAAAAACGCUAUUGCCUUGGCGAUGGUCCGGGAUGGUUCCAGUGGGGGCAUCAUCUACCUUGUCACCAUCACCAAGGACGGCGCCAAGGAAGAAGUGGUUUUAGGAGAGGAUAUCCCCAAAUUUUACGAUGAAUGAAUUUACUUCUCAACCUUCUGCCCCUCUCUCCAUUUUUUAAAGUACUGUAUUAAAGUUUAAGUGAGAA